AUGGGCGAUGAUAAAAAGAUCUUUUUAUCAGAUGCCGCUGUUGUAUGUGUUACCCACCGGCGCCCGCCCUCGUCCCGGCGGCUGGGCUUGUCCUGUGCCAACUGCCACACCACGACCACCACCCUGUGGCGCAGGAACGCGGAGGGCGAGCCCGUUUGCAACGCCUGCGGCCUCUACAUGAAGCUCCACGGGGUUCCCCGACCUCUUGCUAUGAAGAAAGAAGGAAUUCAGACCAGGAAGCGAAAACCUAAGAACAUAAAUAAGUCAAAGGCAUGCUCUGGCAGCAGUACUACUGCGGUUCCUAUGACUCCAACAUCCACAUCUUCUACUAACUCAGAUGACUGUAGCAAAACCGCUUCUCCCAGCACACAGACUGCAGCCUCCGGGGCGAGCUCGUCAGUGAUGUCUGGCCCAGGCGAGAGCACCAGUCCCGAAAGCAGCAACCUUAAGUAUUCAGGUCAAGACGGGCUGUACACAGGAGUCAGCCUGACCUCCACAGCCGAAGUGACGGCGUCCGUGAGACAGGAUCCCUGGUGUGCCCUGGCUCUGGCGUGA